AUGUCCAUUAUAAAAUCUGAUGGGUCUUCCAAAUAUCCACUGAAGAUCCAACAUUUCGUUCACCCAUGUCCUCUAGUUCUCCGAAUUUCAUCCACUUUUUACUGUAACGCUUGUUGCGGACAUCGCUCAGAUUUCACUUACCGUUGCAAUCAGUGCGAUUUUGAUAUGGAUGUUGAGUGUGCACAACUUUCCACCAUAACAUCUGAAGGUGAAAAUGAACAAAUUCAACACCAUAGUCAUUGGCAUCCUUUGAAACCCUUUGAAAAGAUUGACCAGGUUUCAUGUGAAGUAUGUGAAAGUGUCCGCCAAGAUCGUAUCUAUGGUUGCAGCCAAUGCGAAUUUUACCUUCACAAAGCUUGUAUGGAUAAUUUACCUCAAAAUAUUCAACACUUGUUUCACCCAUGUCCUCUUGUACUACUCCCAGUUCCAUAUUCCUAUAAUUGCUCUGCUUGUGACAAAAUUUGCUCACCAGAUUUGACCUUCUUCUGUGGCAAUUGCCGUUUCUAUCUGGAUAUUAAAUGCGCCUUGCAAAUGCAGCCCACGGUGGCAUGUGAGGCUUAUGGGAGGAUUAAACAUAUUAGCCAUGUGCAUCCUUUGACACUCUAUCCAGAUAUGAAUGUUCAUAGCGAAGCUUGCUGCAGAGGAUGUUAGA